AUGUCUGCAAACUGGACCAAUUCGUACACCCACCUUGAUGACCCCAUCGAGAUGUUCUCGCCCGUUUACCAAGGUCUGACGUGCCUGCCCCCGAACAUCUAUGACUCUGGAAACUGCACAAUGGGCGGCUUCCCUUGGUAUGUUAUCAAUGCGUCCACGCCCGAGCACAUUCAGGAGGGAGUAAAGUUCGCCAAAGAGACGGGUAUUCGACUCGUGGUAAAGAACACGGGACAUGAUUUCUCAGGAAAGUCGGGCGGUGGCCAGUCUUUGAGCAUCUGGACGCAUUACCUGAAAGACGUGGAGUACAUUCCAGAGAUGGUUGAUGAGGUGGAGGGGUACUCCGGUCCGGCGUUCAAGUGCGGCACAGGCGUGCAAGCCUUUGAGAUCUAUCGGAUCGCCCACGAGCACGGAAAGGUGGUUGUGGGAGGAGAAGGGCAGACUGUUGGCGUGAUGGGAGGGUACAUCCAGGGGGGUGGUCAUUCUCCCCUAAGCUCCAUCUACGGCACCGGUGCAGACCAAGCGCUUGCCUUUGAGGUCGUCACUGCCGAUGGCAGAUUUAUUACCGCAGAUCAUACGCAAAAUUCGGACUUGUUUUGGGCACUCCGUGGAGGUGGCGGCUCAACCUUUGGAAUCGCCACGUCCGUCACGGUCAAGGCGUUUCCCGAUGUUCCGACGACAGCAGCAGGAUUCAAGUUUUCAACGGCAGAUGGUCUUUCGAAUGAUACCUUCUGGUCCGGCGUGCGAAGCUAUUUCGACUAUUUCAUCGACAAUGCCGACAACGGAACAUACUCUUAUUUCAUCAUGCUUCCGAAUAACCCCAGUCCUGGGAAUUUCUUGUUCCAAAUGACACCCUUCUUCGCCCCCAAUAAGACCGCAAAGGUCGUGGAGUCUUUGCUGAACCCGUGGUUCACCGAGCUUCGGGAACUGGGGAUUGACUUUGAUCCUAACGUUACCGAAUACGCCUCUUUCUACCCUGCUUGGAAGGACUUCUUCCCGCUAGAAGUCGUCGAGAAGGUUAAUGUCCAGAGCGGCUCUCGUCUUUUCCCAAGGAAGAAUUUCGAGUCAGAAGAUUUGAGACAAGCGACCUUCGACGCCAUACGCACGUCUCUGGAAACAAACCACGUCUUCGUGGGAUUUAACAUUAAAGCUACGAGUCCGGAUAAUCCAGACAACGCGGUGAACCCUGCCUGGCGGGAAAACAUAUUAUUCGCUCUCCAGUCAGUGCGGUGGUCUGUGAAUGCCACUGCCGAUCAAAUCCUGGAAGCAAGAAAUGGGUUUACCUUCGGAGAUAUGCAGCGUUGGAGAGACGUCUCUCCAGGUGCUGGCUCUUACCUGGCGGAGUCCGAUCGCAUGGAGCCAAAUUUUCAGCAAUCUUUCUACGGAGACGAGAAAUACCCUCGCUUGCUUGAGCUGAAAAAGAAAUGGGACCCUGAAGAUGUGUUUUAUGCUGCAACUGCAGUGGGCAGCGAGUUUUGGACAAUUGAGACUGCCGAUGGAUUGCCUCAUGAGAAUGGAAGACUGUGUCGUGUUGAGGAGUAG